AUGUCAGACGCUACCGCAAGGAUACUCUCUCAUAUGAAUAAAGACCACAGUGUGGCUGUGGAGGAUUACCUCAGUGUCUAUGGUGGUGUAACUGUGGACAAUAAGGUGGCAAAUGUCAGAAUGAGAGACAUAGAGUUGGAUCAUAUGACAAUUGGGUUCAACCACGAGCUCAUAGAGACCGAGGUGUUGAAGCCCAUUCCAUUUGAUCCUCCAAUGAAAUCUUUGAGAGAGGCAAGGGAACGACUGGUGGCCAUGGCCAAAGAAGCAGCAGCUAAAAGGGGAUAUUCACACAUAUCUAUCAACGAGAUGGUGUAUCCACCCAAGCAGAAUUAUCCGGUUUUGGUACUCACCGUGCUUUUGAUCUGGGGUUUCUUCAAACCGGAUUAUCUCUAUGGGGUGGUUUAUCCAAAGGUUCUUCCUCAGCCAGUCACCGACUUUGUGAGGUUUUUGACUCCAUUCAGUUUCUACUUGAUUGCAUUUCUACACAUUGGCGAAUGUUUUCUGUGUAUGAGACCAAGACUGAAUAAGCACAGAGUUCCUUUAGACUUCAAGAUUGAAUGGAUGCUGGAUUGUCUUAUUGAGGGAUUUCCAUCCUGGAAAAGAUUUGACAAGUUGGUUAAGAAGUAUGAGAAAGGAGAGUAA